CCCAGCCUUAGUUGUCGCCAGCGAGUCUCUCUUCGUUCAGCUGGACAAGUAAGGCAGUGAGCAAGAAGCGAGGCCGGGGCUGUCAGGCAGAACUAACUCCCAACCUGAACCUCCCGACAUCGCACGCGCCGCGCUCCAGCUCGGCACCGUCCCCCCGCUGACCCUGCCUUCUCUCUGCGGGGUGCGCUCCUCGCUGCUGGAAGGCGCCGGCUGCUUUCUUUCCUCUCGCUGAGCAUCCCCGGCGCAAUAAACUUUUAUCACCGAGGGAAUAGCUGAGAGAGAAGGCAGCUCGGCAGGUCUUGCCAGCGGGCUGCUCUGAGGAUGGAAGCGGGCGCGUACGGAGCUGGCAAAGCUGGAGGCGCCUUUGACCCUCAGACCUUCAUCCGGCAACCUCACACGAUCCUCCGGAUAGUUUCUUGGCUUUUUUCCAUUGUUGUAUUUGGCUGCAUUGUGAAUGAAGGCUAUGUCAACAAUCCAGAGACACCAGAACAGUACUGCAUCUACAAUCGUAACCAGAAUGCCUGCAGCUAUGGUAUCACCGUAGGAGUCCUUGCAUUCCUCAUCUGCCUUCUUUACUUAGCCCUAGAUGUCUACUUCCCACAGAUUAGCAGUGUCAAGGAUCGCAAGAAAGCUGUGCUUUCUGACAUUGGCAUAUCUGGCUUUUGGGCAUUUCUCUGGUUUGUCGGUUUUUGUUUCCUGGCUGACCAAUGGCGUGCUUCGAAGAAAGAGGACAGUCCACUGAAUGAAGGAACAGAUGCAGCCCGAGCAGCCAUCGCCUUCUCUUUUUUCUCCAUCUUCACCUGGGUGGGCCAGUCUUUUCUGGCAUUCCAGCGAUACCAACUUGGAGCCGAUUCAGCACUCUUCUCCCAGGACUACACAGAUCCAAGCCAGGAGGCCGGCAUGCCUUAUGCACCCUACACAAAUGAGGAUACCACAGAUAGCAUGGGGACAUACCAGCAGCCCCCUUCUGCAGAUGUUUUUGAUGCUGAGACACAGGGGUACCAAACACAAGACUACUGAGAGCUGUUGGAAACCUCCCAUUUCCCCUUCCCUCUGCCCACUCUCUUCUGCCACCAAGAAGUCAGCGUGCAAAGCAGACCAGAGCAACAGGUGACUCUUGGCCAGUUUCUGGCCUUCUAGGUUCUCUUUUUUUAAUUUCUUCUUUACGGAAAACCUAAUGCCUCCUCCUCCUGAAUUCUCCAUCAAAACUAAAUUGUUCAUUGCAAAACAUUUUAUUGUUUGCAUUGCAGUGAUAGAUUCUUUGUCUGGGAAGCUCAAGCUUUAUUUCAGAGGGGAGGAGGGAAGAACCUCAGGAUGGUGUUGGUGGAAGGCACAAGCCCUGGAUAUGUGGGUGAAUGCUAGUUAAGAUGCCAGUGCAUAAAUGUAAGUGCUGAGAAAUGAGAAUAAGAACUGGGCAAAUGAGUAGACCAUCCUAUGAAUGAGUAGUGAAAGUGGGCAAGCAAAGGUGAACAAUGUACAUGGCAGCAAGGAAGUAUAUAGAAAUGGCAAGCAGAAAGGGAUCUCAGGUAGGUGAGAAUGGAAUAAUAAAUUGUUGGGUGUAGAAUCUACAAUAAGCCAGACUGGGUUUGAUAAUACUGAGCUUUAAAAGAAUAUCCUGGCCUCCUUGAUUUUCAUGAAAUAUUGAAAUGUUUUGUUUUGUCCACUCUAUUAUCUUUUGUUUUCAUUUUAUCUGCUGCAGAUUCAUAAUAUGUGUUUUCCUUCACAAACUGUUCCAAUUUUUAAUCACUUGUGGUUGGCUUUUUGGAGAAUUGAGAAUUAUUACAUGAUUCUCUGUUCAAGUUCAAAAUGCAAGCAAAAGUUAAAUAGAGGCUGAAGAAUGAGACACAGAUUGAUUAUAUUUGUUUCCAAAUAUGAGGCAGUUCUUUACAAUAGAAUCACAUCUGUUCAUUCUACAGUAGGCUAAACCAAAUCUGAUGAACUGACUUUGUUUAGUCUGCAAAACAACAUGUGAGAAAAGGCCCAGUUACAAUCCACAAAAUUUAAACAAAUUAUACAAUGGCUGGUCAUUUCAUUCAAUUAUUUUUUUCUCCAAAAAUGCUUUAUGAAGACAAGUGUACAGAUUAUGAAUUGUCAAGGAAUGAUGUAGCAUUCUAAAUCCAGGAUAACGGCCAUGAAAUCUCUUCUCCCUCAAAUUAUCUGUAUCUGUGACAAUCCUCUUUUCCAGCUUUUUUUUUUUUUUUUAAUAAAGUUGUUUUCCAAUUGAUGGAGAAAUGCCAGUGCUGAUAAAAUGAUAGUGACUAGGGGAACUCUUACAAAGAAUGGAAAUAAAAAUAAGCAAAAAUAGCUAUGAAUAAAAGGAUACUUCUGCCCACCAUGUUAUAUGGAACAGAGAGUUGAGGAUGUCAGGAGAAACAUAAAAGUAAGUUCAAUGCAAUAGGAAUGAAUUAUUUAAGAAAUGUGUGAGGUAAAGUAGGGUCAAGAAAGAAUAGGUAGAGAAUGAAUGUGGAUUUAAUACAAAAGUGAGUGACCAGUACAAAAGAAAUAUAUCAAAAUGGUUUGGUCACAUAAAGAGAAUGAAAGAAGAUUGAUUUGCAGACUAAAUACACGAGUGGGUUGAGAGGAAGGGGAAGACCAAGAAAGUCAUGUUGGAUGAAACUCAAAUUCUCAAUAGGAGAUAAUUUUUUUCCCCCUUAUCUCAUGCCUUAACAUUCUUCAGCUUACUAUUUCUUGCUCCUUUACUGCACUGUUCAUUAUGUUGAUUAACCAAAAGGGAAUAGCGUGAUGGAUACAUAAUAUAUGUAUACUAUUCAUAUAUUCAUGAUUCAAGAAAUUAAGAUACCCAGAGAGAAGGAAUAAACAAAACAGUGCUCUAGGAACAAGUGAUACUCAAAUAGUCUGAUCAGACAAAGGAUUAUUCAGAGGUAAACUUCAUCCAGUUCAAUGGGACUUGCUCCUGAGAAUGUGUGUCUAGAAGAUUGUAAGUUCAACAAAUAUUUACUCAUGAAUUUCUAAAGAGAAGUGCUAAGAGCAAACCUUGUCUGUAAACCACAUUCAUUGUAUUAAAUGGUAAUGUCCUAUAAGAAAAUAUUAACAUUUUGUAUGGAGUGUAACAAAACAGAACUCUUCUGUCAAGCUUGUCUACAGUGGAACUGAGCUAGGAAAACACAAUUAAGUUGUAUACCAAUCACAUUUGUAAGAAGGAUCAUCUACUUCUAGUUGUAUCAUCACACAAUUGCCCAAAGUAAGUCUAAAACUUCUUGACUUGCAAGUUGUUAGUAUAGUUAUGUGCCCAUCCCUCCUUAACCAUCUCUUCAUUCAGCAAGCCUUUACUGGCCAUUUUUCUUAAAGGAAACCAUAUAAUUAUUUUCAUUUAAGAGGCUACCUAAAGUUUACAGAGAUCAGAACAUUUAGUGGAAUAAGCCUGUUGUUAAGCAAUAUAAAACACUAACUCAAAAGUGAAGAUGCAGUAUUCAAUCUCAAUACUUAGCUAAUUUCCAAAGUCAUAUUUUCUUAAUCGUACGUCAGGGAGCCGAAAAUGGAUCUUUGUCAUGACGACUGAAUGAUAGGAUCUGCAGUUCAGAUUAUGCUCCCACAUUGCCCUUAUUUUGAUACAUCUACAGAUAACCUUCCUGAUAUCACAGCAGUACAUCAGCAGGGCCACUUGCCACCUGCUGCUCUGGACAGAUUUAAAAUGGUAUUAAGGCAAUGCAGCAUCUGAAAUGUCUUUUGACCAUGGGCAUCCAUGAGGGGGCAUGUCAAAAUCUGCAAGAUGGCAGACACAGCAUUGCAAUUUUUAUGCAUGUGCAAAGUUGGUGGACAUACAAAAGUGUAGGACUUGGAUCCCAACGUUGUACCUGCCUGUGACCCCCCAGAUUUUAAUUGUUCAAACAGAUUUUGACCUCUUCCCCCAGUAGAUGUUGCUGCUUUUGACCUUCUCUCCUUUUACUAGAACCAAGGCAGUAUAAAAAGACAUCAUUUUUACACAAAGAGGAAAACCUUUUAUCUCCCUAUCAGUAGUUCAGGCUUUGAAAGCAGACAGCAAUGAAAUGGAAAGAAACACGCGCUUGUGCUGUUUGGUCUUCCCUGGUGUGUGGUUUGUAUGAUGGUUUUUGUAUGUGGAAUAGCUUUAGUAUGUUUUCUAUUGUCUAUUUUUCUCUGGAAAUCCACUGUGAAGUGUGUGUGGCUGGUAGGUAGCAUGAAGAGGAUGUGAUCAUCUGUAGCAUAUAAAGCACAAAGAGGAACUUGGUCUGUUUAUGGUUCCAGGUGAAAGCAAUAUUGAGUAAGGCUUGAGAGAGGGGAAAACAUUCUCCCCCAGAGCUUCUGUUAUUGGAGUAACCUAAUAUUUAGGCAUAUGGGAGUGAGAGGGGAGUUUCUUUUUAAAUCAGGCCAGGGACGUUCCUUCCUUUUCACUUCUUUCCUGGCAGGAAACAGGAUUAUAGAAUUGGAUGGGAGGGUAGAAAAUCCUGUGGUACAAUAUUGCAAAGUUUUGUGAAUGUCACUUCCAUGCAUUCAUGUCAAGUUCACUUAGCAGAAAUGACAACUGGGUUUUGGCUUGUGGGGUAGGCCAAACUGUGUUAAACUCUCUAUUUACAAACUGAACUCUGAAUUGUUGUAGUAAUGGCCAUUGUUUCAUGUUGAUUUUCCUUUCCACAUGGAUAGAAUUUUAAGUCCAAACAAGAUACUUACCCCAGUUACCUAUCACAAAGUCUAGAGAAGGGACACGCCUGAUUGUAGUGGAAAUGUAAGCUCAUGGAGUGGUAUAAAAAGUUAGAUCAAAUAAAAGCAGGAUUGCAGUUAAGGGUAUUGGAUCUUUCACUUCAAAAUAAAUACUCUGCUCUUAGUUCUGGGCAUGGCCAAUGUCUGUCUUAAAUCUUGCUUCUUACAAAAUGUUCUGUGAUUAUUCUUUCUCUGUUCUCUUUUGAAACAUUUUCUGUUUCAUCCAAAGAGCAUCAAGUGUCAAUCUGGCUGAUCUCCGUUAGUGGGGUUUUUUUUAAUUGAACAUGCCCAAAUAGUAACACUGGCUACUACAUAAUACAAGCCUUUGAAUUAUACAGGGGCUUUCUGUAGCAAGUCCAGCAUUAAGGGGGACAUUUUGGCUAUUCAGAAGCCACAUUAUUUAUUUAUUUAAAGAUUUAUAUGUCUGUCCAAACUCACAAAAAUAUGACUCCAGGCAGUGUACAACCAUAAAAUAAAUAAUCCCCCCCCCCUUGGCAAAACCCCAAUAACAAGAACAAUUCACACAAUGAGGGCAUAACAACAUAUACUUCCCUCUCCCAGGACGAGCUCACCUUUAUGAUGAACUCAACAUUAUGAUGGUUGCUCUGUGAUACAUCACUGAAAUCUUUGCAUUCAUUUCUGACAAGAUUAUAGCCAUUUCAUACUGAAUUAUAAAGCAACUGAAUUACCUCAGUGUUUAGCUCAGUUUCCACAUAAAGUAUGAGGAAUGGAUGAAUAACACUUACGCAUAGAGGACAUGCUCAAUGAAUUGUCACUAAACAGCUUCCUGGCAGAUGGCUAUGCCUCUUUAGAACCAUACAUAUGCCCUUUACACUAAUGUGUUCCUUGUGGGGCAAUUCUGAUGUAAUUUGGCUGCUUGGCCUAAUGUGAAACAGCUUGGAAAUAUAAUAUCGGCUUAAAAUAUCACAUAAUAUUUCUGAAGUGUCAGUUGUGACCCCCACAAUUUGUUAAUUGUUCAGACAGAGGGAACAUAAACCACAUAAAUAUUGAUAAUUAGAUUGAUUAGCAUGUAUGCAUCUCCUUGUUUAAUGAUAUAUUUGUUUAUAUCUGUACAAUUUCUGAGCCACUGCAGAGAGUAAGGAAGAUGACCUUGAUGCAGAUUUGCAAGCUCCAUUACCAAAGCAAUAAGGGGUGAAUCAUACCAUAAGUCAUAGCAAAUAGUAUUUGGAAGAGGUUCAGACAGAAACCUCCCCAAUUCACAGGAGUAUAAGAAGGGGUACAGGUAGUCCCUAGGUUAAGAACGGCCAGUUUACGGACAACCCAUA